AACAUACAAUCGUAAAUAUACAUUGCCUUAUAUUGACAAACUAGCAAAAUACCUACUAAACUAUACAUCGAACUUAUUAUCAAAUCAUUACGUAACAUGUUUAAAACAGCUGCUUUGACUUGUAAACAAGCGCGAGUUAAACUCGUUAUUAACAAAACCAUGUCGACACAUUGUAGCGGCAGUUUGUCCAAUUUAAGAAAUUUAUUUUUGAAAGCAGUUGAAUCAGUUAAACCUAAUGCUCUCAUCCAAAAUCAUAUUAAACUGCUUGACACAAACCGCCUAUCCAUAAACAAUCAAACUAUUUCCCUUUCAAAGCCAUGUUACGCUGUAGGAUUCGGUAAGGCUGUGCUUGGCAUGGCGAUCGAACUGGAAAACACAUUGGGAAACCAACUAGAGAGGGCGAUAGUGACUGUACCUAAAGGAAUAUUUCAAACUUAUCCGCAAUAUUUAGGAAGAAGCAAAAAAAUUCAAUUUAUUGAGGGCGCUGCAGACAACAUUCCUGAUGUGGAAGCUUUGGAGGGAGCCAAAAGGAUUGUGGAGUUAUUGGAGGGCUUGAGCAAAGAAGAUCUUGUUAUAGUAUUAAUAUCUGGUGGAGGAUCUGCGCUACUUCCAUUACCUAAACCUCCCAUUACACUUGAAGAGAAACAAGCUGUUAUUAAAGGAUUAAGUAAAGGUGGCGCCACUAUACAAGAGCUGAAUACUGUUAGGAAAAAUUUAAGUUUACUAAAAGGUGGUGGUUUAGCAAAAGUUGCAUACCCUUCCAGGAUAGUUUCACUAAUACUUAGUGACAUUGUUAGAAAUCCUAUUGAUUUGAUUGCUAGUGGACCAACUGUUUAUUCUAAGGAAAAUCCUAAAGACGCUAUAGAGAUCCUCAAAAAAUACAAUCUUUAUGGCUCCUCUUGCCCCAUUUCAAUUAAAUCUGUCCUAAAUGCAAAAAUUCAAUCGGCUUACAAUAAAACCGGAAGCGAAGUCACGCCACAGCCGAAAAAUACUCCAUCAACUAUUGAAACUGUCGAAAAUCACGUACAAAAUUUCGUUAUCGGAAAUAAUAGAAUCGCUACCGAGGUCCUUAAAGAGGCGGCCAUAGAAAUGGGAUGGCAGUGUGUGAUUGUAUCACAUGAGGUAGAAGCUGAUGUGAAUUACUUAGCGCAAGUCUACGCUGAAUUGGCUUACCAAAUAUUGAAUGGCAGAUUUACGAAAAUUGAGGAAUUACUUAAAGGACUUUCAUUUGGCAUUGAAGAAAAUGCUGUUAAUGAAGUUCUGAGAUUGAGGGCAUGUAAUAAAAUGCUUUUGGUAUUUGCGGGUGAGCCUACUGUCUCCGUAAAAGGCACGGGAAAAGGAGGCCGAAAUCAGCAAUUGGCCCUUAAUUUUUCAUUACAACUAAAUAAAUUGUCCCAUCUACACAAUCCGAAAAAUGCCGCAAAUAUUUCACUUCUCAGUGCUGGUACAGAUGGAAUAGAUGGACCUACAGAUGCUGCUGGUGCGAUAGGAUAUUCUGGGCUAGUGGAAGAUUCUUCUAGUGAAGAAGUACAACCAAAUGAAUCUUUGGAAAAUAAUGAUUCAUAUAACUUUUUUACUCGUUUUUCUAAUGGAGAGUUCUUGGUGAAAACUGGACAUACUGGCACUAAUGUAAUGGAUUUGCAUUUGUUGUUAAUUGAACAUAAAACAAUAGCGUGAUUUUAAAAACAAAUAAAUAUUUUUCAGAUUUAAUUAUAA